CCCACAUCCGCUCUUCUCUCCUUUGCUUCUCCGUCUCUCUACCACACGUUCCUUACCCGCGCACCCUGGUGGUCGCAUUCACAUAGCUCGACGCUCUUAAGUCCCUCUUGCUUCAUCCUAGCCCCACUCUACUCCUCCUCACUCUCCUCUCGCACUCCCGCCAUGUACUUCUCUCCCGCCCUCGUCACCAUCCUCACGCUUGGCGUGGCUCGCAGUGCGGCCGCGCCGCUGCGCACGCCCUUCGCUGCCGCAGAUGCAGCGCUGGCGGCACGCUUCCACUCCGGCCUCGCCGCUCGCGACCACGGCGCCUCCUUGAUGGCGAUGCACCGCCGUGCACAAGUCAUGGAGCAGGCCGCCGCCGUCGUCGCUCGGCAUGCCAGCCUGCCGCGCAGCGAGGAGCGCACGCGCCUUGUCGUCCGCGACCUCGAGCGCCGCGGUCUGCUUGACCAGCUCGUCAUUGCGCUGCGCGACAUCCUCACCACGCUGCUCGGCCAGAACCCGCCGGGCUCCAAGUCGCGCCGCAGCUCGCCCGAGGAGACCGAGGCGCUGCUGACGCAAAUCUCGUGCCUGCUGGCUCAGCUCAUGGGCCAGGAGGUCGAUGCUUCAAUGUGCACCUUCGUUGCCACGACGAGUGCUGGAAGCAAGAACGGCACUGCCAGCGCAGCAGCUGACAAGAACGCCACUGCCUCUGCUUCCUCGAGCUCGAACUCGGCACCACUGCCGGCGGACUCGGCCAGCCGCAAGGCCAAGGCCGAGAAGGCAGACAAGGCGGACAAGGCGGCGCAGAAGGACAAGGCCGAGCACGAUCAAGACGGCAAGCCCACGGCGGCGGCCGCGACGCAGAAGCAGCGCGAGCAGAUCCGCGACAUCAUCCUGGCGCGCCAGGCGCCGUCGGGCGUCACCGGCCUGCUCACGGUGCUGCGCGACCUCGUCGAUGCGAUCCUCAACACGCUGCUCCCCAUGUCGUCGCGCAGCGACGAGGCCUCGUCGACGCAGCAGAUGAACAGCACCUCCUCGCCCGACGACGGAGAGUGCCCGCCGCCGGGCACGAUGAACGACGGCAUGUACCGGCCCAACUGCCCUGGCUACGGCGGCCGUCGCGAUAUCGCUGAGCGCGACAUGAUGUCCGACCUCAUGACGACGCUGCUGCCGAUGAUCAUGCAGAUCAUGGCCGCGCUUUCGUCGACCGAGAGCGCGACCGCUGCCGCUGCCACAUCAUCGGCCGCGCCUGCCAAGCAGGCCAACGCCGCGAGCACCUCGACGGACCCCAUCGGCGACCUGCUCAGCGGCCUGUACACCGGCAGCUCCGAUGACACCGCCGCCGCUGCUGCGCCCACCGCCGAGAAGGCCAACAAGAAGAACGACACCGAGGACGCUCCGGGAGGCAGCGCCUCGGCCGUCGACUCUGCCGCCAAGCUGGCGGUGCGCGAGCUGCUCGGCGCCGAUGGGCUCGAGCUCGUCGAGCGCGGCGAGGUGAUGGCCCGGCGUGCGGGCGGCAUUCUGGGCGAGCUCCUCGUCGACGGCGACCUGCUCUCGCGGCGAGCCGACUUCAGCCCCGUCUGGGCCGAGGUCAAGAAGCUCGGCAACGGCGAGUGGACGCGGCGCGACGUGCACGACGACUUUGCGCCCGUGUGGCAGAGCUUCAGCGCCAUGGUCGACGAGGCCCUGGGACAGGCCUCGCCGGCCAAGCGCAGCAACGGCAGCAAGGCCUCUGACUUUGCACGCGCCGCCAUGCGCUUCGGCGCAAAGACGUUCUUCCGCGGCGGCUCCAACUUGCGUCGCAGCACCGACGCGCACGGCAAGCGCGCCGAGCACGACUGGCAGCCGCUCCUCUCCGCCGCCGGCGACUUUGCCAAGACGCAGAUGUCCGAGUGGACGACGGCGCUCAACGAGCACGCCCAGCGGAAGGCCUAG